CUUUGGCCCGGAGAAGUUUUCUGGCAGUGGCGCUGGUUUAGGCGGUGCUCUGAGCAGGGUUUGGGGAAGGCUGGGGAACCGUAUGGAUGAUGUGCGUGUGAGCGAACCGUGAGUCAGGACGAUGGGGAACGUGCGGGGCCGCUGACGUCGCGCGGUGAUUUACCUCAUUUCGCAGUCGCUCGCUUAACUUUGCUGUUUGGGACAAACUUUUGUCAUGUAGCUCCUCAAACCGCGGGAUGUGCGCGUCGUGCUCCAGCGUCUCUACGCCCUGAGAAACUCCCUCAAACUUAUUUACUGGUAUUGAGUCCACCACGGGCCUUGACUGUCGACUGAAUUUUUUCUUUAUUUUUCGGGUUAAAAUGUUGGAAACGCUCUCACGGUACUUCGCCGCCACGGUGGGAGAACUUUAUCACGGAAGGAGUCGCUGGACCUCAGCGGCGGUUGCUGUGAUCCUCCUCGGUUUGUUCGCUUCGUCUUGCUUGGCAGAGGAGCGGUCAUGUCACGGAGCAUACGACCUCUACUUUGUUUUGGACAAGUCUGGAAGCGUUUCUGCGGACUGGGUUGAGAUUUACUCAUUUGUGAAGAACCUAACCGACAGGUUUGUGAGCCCCAGUAUGAGAGUCUCCUUCAUUGUUUUCUCAGCCAGAGCACAGGUCCUGCUGCCUCUGACCGGAGACAGAUACGAGAUAGAAGAAGGUCUGAAGCGCCUGCGGGCCGUGAAACCAGCAGGUGAAACAUACAUGCAUGAGGGAAUAAAAGAGGCCUCAGCCCAGAUACACAAACAGGCCAAGCGGUCCUCGAGCAUCAUCCUGGCUUUGACAGACGGGAAGCUUGAAGUUUACGUCCACGAGCUCACGGUGAAAGAGGCUGACGAAGCGAGGAAGUACGGCGCUCGUGUUUACUGUGUGGGUAUCAAGGACUUUGAUGAGCAGCAGCUUGCUGACAUUGCGGACACUAAGGACCAAGUGUUUCCUGUCAAAGAUGGCUUCCAUGCACUCAGAGGCAUUGUCAAUUCUAUAUUAAAGCAAUCGUGCACAGAGAUUCUGAGUGUGGAGCCCUCCAGUGUGUGUGUGAACGAGACCUUCGACAUCGUCCUCAGAGGGAACGGCUUCUCUCCUGGCCGCAACAAUGACAGCGUCGUCUGCAGCUUCAUAGUCAACCAGCAAACCUUCAAUCACAAGCCGAGCACAGUGCGUAAUGAUUAUCUGCUGUGUCCUGCACCGAAACUCUAUGAAGUCGGACAGACUAUGGAUGUUCUCAUCAGCCUGAACAACGGCAAGUCCUUCAUCUCCGCCGCCUCCACCAUCACCGCUUCCACAUGUUCGGAUGGUUUAGCAGUGGUGAUAGUCUUCCUGGUGCUGUUGGCCCUCGUGGCUCUGGGCCUCAUGUGGUGGUUCUGGCCUCUCUGCUGCACAGUGGUCAUCAAAGACCCGCCGCCGCCUCCUCCACCUGCCCGUCCUCCACCACCUGAGCCUGAGCCGCUGCCGAAGAAGAAGUGGCCGACUGUGGACGCCUCCUACUACGGAGGAAGAGGAGCUGGAGGGAUCAAACGCAUGGAGGUGCGCUGGGGUGAAAAGGGCUCAACUGAAGAGGGGGCCAGGCUGGAGAAAGCCAAGAACGCCAAAGUGUCCAUACCAGAGGACGCAGAGGAGCCAAUGAUCAAACGCCCCACCCCGAAACCUGCUUCCACCUACCGUCGGACAGAGAACAAAUGGUACACUCCCAUCAAGGGUCGUCUCGAUGCUCUGUGGGCCUUGUUGCGGCGGCAGUAUGACCGCGUCUCUCUCAUGCGUCCCUCCUCUGCAGACAAGGGUCGGUGUAUGAAUUUCAACCGUGUGCAGCAUCAGUAGGAGAGAAGGACUACUGUGUGAAAGCCACCGUGCUGAGAGCUGUGGACAAGAGAAGAAUUUCAGGUUUUGUUUUUUUUUUUUUUUUUUUGAAGAUCUGUAAUCCUGCAGCUGAAACCACUAUCUGUUCACUCCGCUUCACUUUGUGCACAGUUUCCCUUCUUCUCUGCUCUUAGACCUCUGACACACACAGGGUGAAAUGUUAAUAUUAACUCUUGUUCAUUAAGUUAUUUACGAGCUUUUCAUUAUAACAAAUCCUUUUUUUAAAUAAGGAAAGUAAAAGCAGGCGCACAGGACGCCCCAGAACUCAGUGCUCAGACUCGGUUAGCUUUUCGUGCGCACCAAAGGCUUAACAUAUUCUGACCAUAUUGUGCCUUCUGUGAAAAACCAAAUUUCACGGACACAGACGGAAGCUAUCUAAAAAAAAAAAACAAAAAAAAAAGAAAAGAAAAAAAAAACAUGGAGAACGGGGCUGUUUGCCUUUGGCGUGGAAGUCGGAAUAAUCCCAGUGGGCCUCACAAGUGCAGAAGUCCACUGCCUUUUGGCAAUGUCUCAUCACGAAUCCUCUCCAACUUCAGCCGUGCUGGAUGCCUGGCGGCUGCCCUUUGACUGGCUUAUCUUGUCAUUUUAACACUGAGAAGUGCACACGCAUGACAAAUUGUAGACAGGAUGCCCCAAGGUACUGGAAGGCAUCAAGACUUUGCCCUUUAGUUUUGUAAUUUUUUUUUUUUUUUUUUUUUUUGAAGACACCUUCCUUUCAUUAUGCACUCGGGACAGGGAAAUUAAUAGAGCGUUAUUCGACCGCAGGACAGCCUCCUGACCAGGAUGAUCUCCAGCUAGGUUUGAGGGAUUGAUGCCUUCAAGACCUUGACAUGGCGCUUGGUAUUUUUUGCCCCUGUUUUCAGCACAGUCUGCUCUCUGCUCAGCAAGGCGUAGAACAUCACUGCCCAUAAACAGACCCAUCAGUUAAGACUUUAAAGAUAUAGAUACAGCUGCCUCGACACUCCUCUGCCCACCAUCUCAAUCCUCUGAGGGCUCCCCGGCUCCGUCACAACUCACCAGUUCUCUCAGCACCAGAAUAUCAAAGUUUAAUUAAAAUAAUUAAAGGCAACAGCAAGCAGCAGCCUGUGAAGACUUGGCUGUCUCUUUUUUAUGCCUUUUGACAUUGAAUGACCUAUUACCACAUUAUUCACAGGAAAAAAAGAGGACACCGCGCCACGGUGACGGUGUACCACGUCCAAAACGCAAACCCAAAGCAACGGAUGCGAUGGACGGAUAAGUAUUGUUCAUUUCCAGAAAUUAUGCCCCCCCCGCCCUCCGACCCCCAGCUCCCUCACCCCAAAAAGCAGGGGAUAUAUAUUUAUGUAUAUUGUGGAUUUCUCAAGCGCGCUGUCAUGACGCCAAUCCCAAAUGAUGUUAGUGUGAGCGGAAACACUGUGGGGGAGGAAAGGGGGCAGCAGCUGAAGAAAAAGGCUCGAAUGAUCCAGUCACUUCGGAUACCGUACUUCAGAUGCAAAAUGGAUAUUCGAGUCGAAACCUGACAAAGCGCGCCGGCUUUGACGGGAAGCGGUAUAGACAAUGACCAGUGGCUGGGUCAGUGGGAUGUCUCUGUGCAAGCAGGGAAGCUUAUCAAAUGACACUAAAAAUAAGUUCAACAACCAUCAAGUUUGAGGGGGAAUGGGUGAGCGUCUCACAUUCGGUGGGCACGAGCACACGCGAGGCGAGCGGCGCGCAACACGCCCGUCUAAUUAUUCCUUUGUUUCCUCUCCUUCCUGAUCGGAGGGACGUAAAUAAUUCCAAAUCAAAUCCUCAGGGGUGCACUGGUAUUUAUGUCCGACUUAAACACUUUUAGCCUCUUGCAUAAUGUUGCAGGCUGAUAUUUAACAGGCUCAUCAGCCUCGCUCUGGACGCACGGAGGACCAGGAGAUUUUAGCACUUAGGUCCUGUCGUCUUUAUGUUACAACCAGGAGCACAGGAAUGUUAUUAACCCGAACUAAUGAGAUAUUUACACAGCAGUCACAACACUAGUCGCCCUGCUAAUAACACGUCACGUGUCCCCUCUGAGUCCUCGCCACACGCCAUCACAGACUAUGGGAUUUUCUUUUUCCAACACCUUUUGCUGUAGAUAAAAAAUAAUUUUGAAUUUCUUUGCUGCUCUUUGUAAAUUGAUGCCUUUGAUGAAAGUAUUUUUGUUUUUCUGCACUUGUUAAAUGAAGUUGUUUCAAUGUCUUUUAAACUCCAAAACGGAAAAAUGAAUCAUGUUGACAUUUUUUAUUUUAAACCAUUUAUUCACUUCAGCCGAGCUUUUCGACUUUUAACAGUUUAAGUACAACUUUAGCUAAAAAAGAAAAAAAAAAGUUGUCACAAUUGUUGAUAUAUCUUCAUUUGAUUUCUGUCAACAUUUUGACCACAUUGUGACUUUAAAUUGAUUUGCAUGUGUUACUCUCUGCCGAGCACAUCACUAUCAGCUCUUUUAAUGUGCAAAAUUGUAAUUUAUCAUUUUAUAAUCUUAAUGUUUGUACAGUUUUUAAUCUGUAUUUCUGUCUUUUUAUAUUCACAUAGCACCUUUAUUUCCAGGUUCAGCUCACACGAGUUGCACAUGUGUGUGUGAGCUGCAACCAAAAUACCAAAAAGCAUCUUAUUUGCGAAGCUUUUUUUAAAAAGAGUUUUACACUGUUUUUAUUUUUAAACAAACAUUUCCUGUUCUGGUUUUACACUGCAGUCUGUUGUGUCAAAUAUACAUUCGAUGAACAGCGAA